AAUAUAAAAUCCAAUAUGGGACAUUUCUUACGAUUUGAUAGCGUUAAAAAAACUUUGCCAUCACCCGAGACAAUGAACGGUGUAAUUUGGAGCAGAAAACAGAAGACUUUUGUACCAAUUUCCAGCGUGCCGAUUUAUGCCACGAUGCAAGAAGAACGCCUCAGACAGAAUCGAGCACUCGAGAUUCACAAUUUUCAAUUACAGAACUUAACUGUGACAUCUUUCCAGGAGCCGCAUUUCUUUCAGUUCUACGAUAAUAAUACGAAGGUUACGGGACUCUGCGGGGAAAUAUGGAACCUACUUUCCGAAUCGCUAAACUUCACGUUGCAGCCAGUGAAAGUAAACGUAGACGGCAUGGGCACGUCAGAAAAAGAUUCGACUUAUAAAAACGGAUUGUUGGCAAUUAUUUUUCGCAACGAAACUGUCGCGAUACCAAAAGUAGAAACAUUUAGCCGGCGACUUAUAGCUGCCGACUUUUCAAUACCUUUUUGGAUAAACAGAAAUCAGUUAUAUAUUCAUCGCGAAAUGAUGUAUGACAAUAUAUGGAUGGUAAAAAUUUUCUCUUGGAAAAUAUGGUGUAUUAUACUGAUUAUGUAUAUGCUACUGAGUCUAUGCACUUUUCUGACACAGAAUGUUCGCAUACAAAAUGAAGAUAAUUAUAAAAACGUGUCUUUCAGCGAACACUUAUUUUAUAACUUUGGAAGCCUCUGCAAUCAAGGCUAUGUUCCUCAAUACUUUAAUGGGAAAUCGAGAAUACUGGAAGUGUCACUGGGCUUUUUUUGUUCUAUAAUAUGUAUGUCAUUUAGUGCUCUAUUAUUUAUUUAUAUAACGAAAAGUAUUUUCAUACCACCAUUUGAUAGUUUCGAGUCUUUGGUGGCUAAUACUAAAUACAGUGUUGUCAGUCUAAAAGGUUCAACUGGAGCUAUCGCGUUUAAGAUACUUGAUGUGGAACCAAUUAAACAAGCAAGGACGAUGAACCGUUUGAUAACAGCGUCAUCAAUUGAGGACAUGCAUAAAAUGGCAUGUUCCUCGAAGAAAAAGAAAUAUGCCAUAUAUCAAGGCGAAGACAUGCAUAAAGUGAAUGGGAAUAUUAGAUGUCACUUGACUGACACUGGAAAACCUUUCAGUAAAAUAUGGGUAUCUUCCGGUAUGGCGAAGAACUUUAAGUACAAAAAAUCCAUCGAUCUGGGGAUACUUAAAUUAAUGGAAGUUGGAUUAUUGGACCUCUUAAAGGAUCGUUGGUUGGAAAAGAGAAUUAAACAGAAUUACGACGAUGACAAGACACCACAGGCAAUUGAAAUACAUCAAGUUUCUUUAAUAAUCGCUGUGAUGUGCUGUGGGAUGAUUGCCGCUCUCAUUAUUCUCAUAAUCGAGAAAAUUGUAUUUCAAGAACUGACGCCGCCAAUGUUGCAUAGAACAGGACACCGCUUCUGUAGCAAAUCCGCACUUUAUUGGGUAAAGAUUCAAUUAGGAAACAUUUGUCGCAGAACCGUGUCUGUCACGAUGCAUACCACAACCGACUCUAAGCUAAACGCUGACGUAAGUACCGUGCACGGAACUAAGAGGCCCAUGGACGACGGCGAGGAGAACGAAGCCAAGAUACAAAAGACGGAGGCAGAAGUGGUAGAAACGACAGAGACAGAAACGGCGCAAGCGACGGGGACGGAAGCGGUGCAAAGAGUCAAGAGGAGGAAUUGCGCCAUGCUGUUGGGCUACGUUGGUAAAGACUAUUACGGCAUGCAGAGAAAUCCUGGUAUGAAAACUAUCGAGGAAGACUUGGUCGCCGCCUUACUGAAGGCAAACUUGAUCACCGCACAACAGUUUGAGAAUGUACGUGCGAUUCAUUUCCAAAGAGCUGCACGCACGGACAAAGGAGUAUCUGCAAUUAGGCAGAUUGUCUCGCUGAAGCUGCCGGAUAAUACUGAUAAGACGGUGAUAAAUGAAUUCUUACCUGACGUAAUCCGAGUAUUCGGAAUAAAGCGAGUGACAAAGGGUUUCAACAGUAAAAAUCAGUGUGAUGCGCGUACUUACAGAUACAUCAUUCCUUCCUUUGCAUUUGCACCCGAAGAUCAGAGCUUGUUAAAACUUGGGGAGGAAGUCAACGAAGACGAGAGAAUGAAACAGUUGGCGAUUAUUGAUGAAAAACCAUACACCGAGUACAAAUUAUCUCCGGAAUGUUUAAAUAGAUUAAAUUCGAUUUUAAAGCUUAUGGAAGGUUCGCACAACUUUCAUAACUUCACGUCGAAAGUGAGACCAUUAGAUCCACGUGCGCAACGCUACAUAAUAAGUUUCUGCUGCCCAGAAACGUUCGUUGCGAACGGCAUAGAAUUCGCGGUGUUGGAAGUUAAAGGGCAAAGCUUUAUGUUGCAUCAAAUCAGAAAAAUGGUCGCAACUGUAGUCGCAAUUGCGAGAAACAUGGUGCCCGAGGAGACAAUCAAUGACGCGUUCAAGACAAUGGAUAAGAUGGACAUAGCGCUUGCACCCAGUUUAGGAUUGUGUCUGUGUCAUGUGCAUUACGAUAAUUAUGGUAAACGAUAUGGCACAGACGGUCUCCACGAAACGUUAGAUUGGAAAGAGUGCGAAGAGGAAGUAGAAAAGUUUCAGAAGGCAUACAUUUUGCAGCAUAUGGUGGACACCGAAAUUUCAGAACAAACGACGUUAAAAUGGCUGAUUGGUCUUCCUUUUUAUUCGUUUGCUAAUAGAGAUGUACUUGUGGAUGAUGAUGUACCUGCGGAGGAUAAAGAACAAGAGAUUAUACUUUUGCAGCGUGUAAGUCCGACAAGUUCUUUCCCUCAUAUGUGUACUUUCUACUACAAGCGCGAGGAUGACGCGCGUGCUUUGCCUCUGCGUUGGGUAAUUCCAGUCUCGCGCGAUGCAGCAUAUUCAAUGGAUAAUCGCAGCGCGGAUUGCACUGCUGGCACUUGGCGCACGGUGUGCUUCACCAUGCGGAUUGUUCAACAGAUUCACAUGAUUGUUCACGGAUUACUAAUAAUUCUUUUUGUCUGCAUUAAUUCUGGGUAUACGCAAACUUAUAAUGAUUGCGGGCUAGAGAGAUUUCGAUGUCACAAUGGAGAGUGUAUAGCCGGCGAAUUGUUAUGCGAUGGCAGACCAGACUGCAGGGAUUCGUCCGACGAGACGGAGACCGAGUGCAAAAAGCCAGAGAUUCUGUGUCCCGUUUACGCCUUCCGCUGUAAGUACGGUGGUUGCAUAAACGGGGACAGCGUGUGCAACGGCGUCCGGGACUGCGUCGACAACAGCGACGAAACGCAGCCCCAGUGCGCAAGGAACUCGACGAGCUACCAAACGGAAAGACCUACCCGCUAUUGUAAAGGAGAUGAGUUCACGUGCAACAACAACCAGUGCAUUAGCCAAAUCGACGUGUGUGACGGGACUCGAAAUUGUGCGGACGGCUCCGACGAAAGAUCUGAAUUAUGCAGCCGGUUCCAGUGUCCUUCGACAACCUUUCGCUGCGCCUACGGAGCUUGUAUCGACGGUGAUCUACAGUGCAACGGAGUAGCCAAUUGCGCAGACAGCUCGGACGAGGAUCCGGGAUUGUGUAGAACUACAUGGCCGUCAGUCCUGCCGACGGUGCGACCGACAUCGGGAACUCGGCCGACACCAGGAACUCAACCGACUCCUACGCAAAGACCUCCUUUCGUGACACCUAGCGCGAACGCUUGCAGAGCGCCUCCGCAACCGCAGAACGGCCGCUGGAAGUUACAUCGGUCGCAGUGCCCAGACGGAGAGGACUGUACCGUUUCUGAGGGAACGGAGCUGGGACUAGGAUCUCAUCUCGUCUACUCUUGUAAUUCGGGAUAUAAAAUAAGAGGCUCGACCGACGUCAGCUGCAGUUUCGAGGGAAAAUGGCUGAAUAUACCAGUUUGCACAGAAAUACGCUGCAAAACUUUAGCCACAUCGUCAGUCAGAGCCGAAUGUACGUACGACGAUGCAUGGAUAUCGUGCAAAUCUCCAGUUCCGCCAAAGACAAAAGCCGUAUUGGCAUGCGAAAACAGUUACCGGCCUGAAACUGAUCAGCUGACCGGACAAAGAAAAAAUGUGAGAUGUAAUGCAAACGGUCAAUGGGAACCAGAGCCUAUGCGAUGUAUUCCAGGUCCGCUCACGAUAAAUAUUUACAUUAACGACACUAAGCUUACGUUCCACACCACUUUUGAUAGGAACAAUAAUACGUUUAUUGAAGUUUUGGACGAUAAAGUCAUUAUACACACGAAUGCCAAAAAUCCGAGUUAUCCGAACAUAGAUGUUAGCGUACCAACGCCGAGCAAUAAUAGAGCGACGGAUGACCCUUGGCAGUGUACGCUCUCGUGUUAUCACGACGAGACGAUUCCUCCAAUCGAAAUGUUUGUUGUAGUAUGCGGCACUCUACCGUCCAACGUUAUACCGACCAUUGUAGGCGGUGUGCGACCGAAUAUCACGGAAUUCCCGUGGCACGCCACGCUGUACCGCGACGAUCUAGGCUCAAAGAAAUUCUUCUGUGGAGCGUCUAUCGUUCAGGAAAAUCUCUUGAUAACGGCGGCGCAUUGCGUAUACGACGAGAGAACCAGGCAGCCGGUCGAUGCCAGCAAAAUUUACAUAUUGACGGGGAACGUUUAUCGCGAUUACGAUUAUCCCUUUCACAAUCCAAAUCUCGUUAAGAGAAAUCAGGUGAAACAAAUUUACAUCGUACGCAAUUAUCUAGGACUCAUAGGAAAUUAUCUCUGGGAUAUCGCGGUGCUACAACUCGCCACGCCGUUUGUACUGUCAGCUUGGUUGGUCCCCGUAUGCAUAGAUACUUUAAGCGAUAGUAGCGUGCUGGAAGCGGGCUCGUAUGGAAAGGUAGCGGGAUUCGGUAGAACCGCACUCGGCGACUCUAGCGCAAUCCUGCAGGCCCUGACGGUGCCUGUAAUUCCACUCAGCCAAUGCAAAUCUGCGAGCCAAAGUGUUAACACGGAACAAUUUAUCACCAACGAUAAGUUUUGCGCAGGCUACACAAAUGGUUCUUCCGUUUGCGACGGUGACAGCGGCGGCGGAUUAGUCUUUAAAACUAAUAAUUUGUGGUACCUCCGAGGUAUUGUUAGCGUUUCCCUCGGCACGAUAAAGGAGGGUGGAAGUGCUCAUUGUGACCACAACUUGUAUUCCUUGUACACAGAAAUAUCCAGACAUAUUUCAUGGAUACAAGAUGUAAUUACAAAAAUAGAACAAAAUCAGACGCAUGUAUUGUGCUCAGAACAGUCUCAAACGAGAUGUUCUUAAAUUUAUUGACGGAACCACCGAUUUUUACGUGCAACCACCGAAAAAAACAUUUAUCUCGUGCCAUGUAAAUCUAUAUUACACUUGGUGAAUUAUCUAUAUUUUUUACUGAAUGCGUAAGUGUGUGAAGUUGCAAUUAUGUUGAAUGGAACGAUUAAAGACUCGAGAGAUAAUUUCUUGCA